UCAGGUCCGACCUUGGGAGCUACUUUGACUAUGUACAGUCUGUGAUUGACUUCGUCCCGAUCAUCGUCAUAAGUGCUGAUGAUAAGAUCACGUGGGAUUAUCGAUAAAGCUGCCCUCCAGGUGUUUUGACAGCAUCUCCCGCAACCGCGGCACUUCACAAUUUGAAAGCAACCAAGUGAAGCCUCACCCCUUCAGGCGGGCACGACAUCCCUCCUGGUCCCGAAAGUCGGAAAUUCUCAAAUUCUGACCAGCAUUCUACGGGUCGUCUAUAUACCGACUCGACAUGAGUGAUCUCCUGAACUACAUCCUCAACAAUGAGGAUGCAUUUCGAAGGAACCGCCUCCCUUCACUCUACUCGGACUUCACCCUCCAAAAGAAGACAAACCCCGAUGGCUAUGCUGUCAACAUAGCCGCUUGGGAACAAGCAUUGAACCGAGCCGCCAAGCGUGGCUAUACAUCCUCACGGGGCAUACGCGUACGUUCAGGAUCUAUCGGAUCCUCGAAGAAUACAACGGCGAACAAGAAGAAGACUGAUCACCUCAUUCUCCGCACUGAUGAAUCGCUUUUACGAGACCUGGAGCUGCCUGAGUGGGGGAGACCGGUGGCACUGAGUGCUGUGUUUGACGAAGCAAUGCGCAAACAUACUAUGAUUCCCUUAUCGGUCUACAAGACUAGCGGAGCGAGUCUACAGAAAGCUCAGUGGAGACUUAUUGAUCCCGGUGCUUUGAGCCCAUGGAAUGUGAUGAGCUGGGGAGUGCGGCAGCUCAAAGGCUUCGUCGUGGGCUCCGAUGGCGAAUCUGCGCCCAAGCUGCAGGUGCAGGAAUUGGUAUUGGUUGAGAACCUGCAGGAAGCGGCGGACUUGGUUGUUAAGAAGGCCACUGGUGGCACUUCAUCCAAGCUGGACCUAAUAUACUCCAAAGAAAGCUUUAUCAAAGAGUUUGCCUCCAUAUUGCACGAUAGCACAGAAUUGUCAGAUGCCGAUUUUGAUAUUCUAUUGCUUUAUUUGUCCCGCGAUAGUGGCGCUAUCGCGUAUGAUGGCAAGACUGUGAAGUUCAAGUCAAAGGAUGAAUCAGCACAGAUCACGCAGCAAGAUACGACGAUCGCCUCCAUCAAAACGCUUUUGUCAACACUUUCGAAGCAGGUCAAGGACCUAGAAGAUAAAGUUGUGGAAUUGACUGCUUCUGCAAAGACAGCGCUGGCAGACAAAAAUCGUAUCUCCGCCUUGUCAGCCGUCAAAUCCAAGAAGAUGGUGGAGCAUAAUCUCCAUCAACGCCUGAACACGCUUGUCCAGCUCGAGGAAGUAUAUGCAAAAAUCGAGCAGGCCACGGGCCAGGUGGAGAUUGUGCGGGUCAUGGAGGCCAGCACCGGUGUUCUUCGUGGGUUGCAUGCACAAAUCGGCGGAGCUGAGCGUGUCGAGGACGUGAUCGAGGAGUUGCGUGAAGAGAUGUCAAAGGUGGACGAGGUCGGAACCAUCAUGAAUGAGGCAGGACCUGUCUUCGACGAGGGUGAGAUUGAUGAGGAGCUUGAGGCCCUGGAGAAGGGUGAUCGGGAAGCAAAGGAAGAAAAAGAAGCCGAGGCUACGCGCAAGAAGCUUGCCGAGCUGGACAGUCUCAAGCAAGCCUCAGACGAAGCCGCGCGCAAGGCGCAGGCAGAGAACAAUGUAGAAAGCCAGCUCGCACAGAGCAUUGAGAGGCUCUCAAACAUGUCGGUUGAAGAUCGCCCAUUGCCCGCCAACUAAGGGACCAUUUAUCAACGGGCCAUGUGCUCGAAUCGGUUGCUUUCACACCGGAUUAACCGCGACACCACGUCGAUCAUCGAAGUCAAGUCACCCUGACAUUUCAUUCGGACCUGGCGGGUCAGAGUUGAUCUCGAUGGGAGUGCCCCUCGCAACCCCGCUCGCCGGUUGAGCCGAACUAUCUACUACCGUGUUAUUCGACCCCGAGGCCUGUGCAGCGCCCGGGAUGGUCGAUCUCACUUGAGCAUCACUCUUUUUACGAGCGUUUGCAAUUAAACGCUUGAAAUCAUUGUCGUGGCUCACUGACCAUUGAGCCGCAUCAAACUCCUUCGCCAUCACCGUGUUGUUCGGCACGAUUGAGGACUGCGCUGUCGCAAACCCACCUUGUGUCCUUUCCCAAAUGUCAAGCUCUCGUAGCAGUUCUUUCUUGGUUCUUGGAAACGUGGAGUCGCAGUUCGCAUUCCAUAAAUUCAUCCACUCAGUGUGACGUCUCUGCAAGAGCUGCCGCUGACCCCAGUCGGGAAUACCCAGGUCACGGAAUUUCCGGCGCAAUUGAUUGUCUUUUAGGAGUGAGUAGUUCAUGGCUGGGAGUCUUUCGGGUGCUUGUGAAGGGGAUAUCGGGGUUUGGCGCGCUUGAGGUUGUAGAGAUCUAGAAUACCGUUGAAUUAGACAUGAGUUAGACUUCAGACCGGAUCGCUUUGAAAAAUUCCAUCAUACCCAAAUGACCUUUGCUUGGCAGGAGCUGGUUUAGAAGCCGAUGCUGUGUCUCCUGUACAUUUAUCAAGAUGCGCGAAGACAGCCUCGUUCUUCAUCCGGCGGUUACAUAUAGGGCAAGCGACCAUGCCGUCAUCUACGACAAUGGUCAAGGUUAGACUAAAGGGGCUCCGAGCGAUGAUCAACAUGCUACCAACCUGGAAUAAAAUCUUCAUCCUGACUGUCUUCGAUCACUUCUUGUAACAAUGAGCCCUGGUUGCGCUCCUGUCCAUUCGAUUGCGCCGGCGCCAUUUGCGACCUCGACCUCGUACGAACGCGUUGUGGACUGUGCUGGAUUGUCUCGGUCGCUUCAGUGUGGUCCACUCGGCUCACCUUCCGUUUCUUUAAGGCAGGUUCUGAAACUUCAUCGUUUCCAGCAGCGAUGCGCGCCGCCUCCUUUCUCGCAAGAGUGAGUGCGCUCUCCCUCGCGUUCUUGAACGCUUCGAGGAUUUCCUGCACAAGCCAGUUGCGGCGAAGCUUAAGCUCCUGAUCACCCGAACGACACGUAGGACAUUUUCCCUCGGUACUGAGACAUCGACGAAUGCAUAGAGAGCAAAAUGUGUGACUGCAAGACGUAAUCACGGGUGUGUCGAAGAAGUCCUUGCAGACUUGACAGCGGAGCGAGGACUCUAAAGGCGCAAGUAGGGAAAGCGGCGUGUCCAACCAGUCGGUCGAGUCGGGGAGGUCAAAUGACUGCUCCAUCGGAAUAUUGAAGCCGCCUGGAGCUUGUGCAGAAGUCGGGUCGUAGAAUAAGACCGACUCUUG